AAAAUUACAAAAAAAUUGUACAAAAACUGUAAAAAAUUGUUUGAAGAAAGGAAAAUGAGCGAUGUCGACCCUCAAAGAAAAGCAAACGCAAGAUCAGAAAGAAUUGAAAUGCUAAUUUACCGAAUACUUGAUAAAAUCAAAGGUCCUAAAAAUGAAACAGUCUAUGAUUUUUGGCGAAUGAUUUGGCAAGAAAAAAUAAUGCUAAUUAUUAUGCUUUGUAAUGUAGACGAAAAGCAAACGCAAAAAUGCUACCAAUAUUGGCCAAAAAAAAUAGGACAAACAAUAAAUUUGAAUCAAAUAACAUUAAAAACAAUUAGUGUUACUUUUAUUGAAAAUAAUAAUAUUACAGUGACGAAAAUAAAAAUUGACUGUGAUAAUAAAUGUCGUAUUCUUUACCAUCGGCACUGGACUACAUGGCCGGAUGGUGGUGUGCCAACAACAACUACAGAACCAUUUUCCCUUCUACAGUCCGCUCGAGAACAGAAAAGUCCAGUUGUUGUUCAUUGUUCAGCUGGUAUUGGUCGGACUGGUACACUUAUUUUGAUAGAAAUAAUUUUGAGUAGUUUGAAACAAGGCAAGAUUCCGAAUUCCAAAUAUUACGUAGAAGUUUUACGUACUCAUCGGGCAGGAGCAGUUCAAACUGAAGACCAAUAUGCAUAUGCACAUUAUGCUAUAGUUCAAUUUCUUUAUCAUAAAAAAGUAUUUACUCAAAAUGAUAUAUCAGGUAGAUAUCUUAUCCUAACUACUACAAGUAUUCUUUUUUGUUUUCAAAGAGUUUUCAAAAAUAUCAGCUCAAUUAAUUGA